AUGAGCUACUUCCGCGUCACCCUCCUCCGCUCCGCCAUCGGUCUCCCCCGACGAACAACAGACGUCCUUAAGGCCCUCGGACUUAAAAAGCGCAUGGCGACGGUCUUCCACCCAGUAUCGCCAUCAGUAGCUGGUCAGAUCAUGAAGGUCAAGGAACUUGUGGAGGUUCAAGAAGUCGACAGGCGGCUCACAAAGGAAGAAGUUCGUGCUGAACGGAGGCCGGACCCGGGCUACUAUGUCGAGAAGGCAUCGAAUGAAGAAUUUAGCGAGAAUCGGUCGGCAUAG